AUGGAUGAGAAGAAGCAGAACCACCAAGCCUCGUCCCUGUCCGCCUCCUCGCCCUCCUUCUCUUGGGCCAACGAGCGCCCGUCCAACACACCCCAGAUCACGACCUCGGACCUCGCCGUCUUCGGUGCUCUGCUGCUCCUGCAGUCGCUCACCUCAUACAGCCUCUUCGUCAUCUACCGCGGCUACGAGGGCUGGGGUCAGACCAAGGGCGUCGACAGGGCCUGGAUCGUCCUCGGCGGCGUGCAGUCUGUCGUCUCGGUCGUGCUCAUUGGGAGCUUCUUCCGCCUCGUGUUUGCGCGCUGGAGGAACCGCAUCGAGUAG